AUGGCGUGUUUCAAUCUAUUUGAACUAGGUAUCAGCGGAUUGAAUCAAGAAGAAGCCGGUGUUGGUGGUGCUGGUAACGAUGGUCCCAUUGCUCUCAAGGAACCUGAUCCUCUCGAAAGCCAUCAUCAUGACACCACCACCGCCACCACGGGUGGUACAACAACCGAUGAUAGUAAUAAUAUCACUUCGAAUAGCACCAACACGCUUGCAUUUGAGGACUACUUUGCAGAAGACAUGCUUAUGGCACCGCCAGCACGUCGUGUCAUUCAAUGGCAUCCACAGCAAGGCUCAUCCGAUGACAUGUUAUCAGUGACACUCGAGCAAAAAAUGACACGUGUACCACCCACCAUGAAAUUGAUGUUUGGCAUGACAACGGUUGAGACGACGCAACAACAACAAUGGGUACCUUCUUCAUUCGAGGAUAACGAUGGUGAACCUCGCUUAUGGAUCACUUUGUGUGCACGUGUACCUCCACCCUCUGCAUCCAUGCAGCAAUUAGAUGCAGGACAAGUGCCGUUGUCGAUUGCCAUUUAUGAUGACAAUGACAAUCAUCAACAGCCGCAACAAUGGGCAUUUGGUACAUUUACGUAUCUUGUCAAGGAUUCGAGCCCCACAAGUACCACGAGUGCUACAGCAGCCAACAACUCAUCAUCGGGAUUUGCUGAUAAUUAUCAAUUGCUGCAGCUACUUGCACCUUACUCUCAAGAAAUGCCUACGCCACCACAUACACCCGCAUCUGUCACGAAUGCUGGUGGUGCUCAUGGUACGAACAACAACGCCUAUCAUCAUCCUAUGCAACAACAACAAUAUCACCCCACCACCAAUGCAAUGUCAUUACAUCAAGGUAUGCCACCUGCCACGCCAUCCUCUUCAUCGUCGUCAUCCUCUACAACCAGUCAUCAUUACUACUACACGACACAAUCCAUUGCUGGUGUAUUGAACAAAGCCCAUUUGCGUAUUUGUGGUGAAUUGAAUGAAAUGACAACCAAUUGGACACCUCAAGAGUGGGCAGCAGGUCGUCGCUUGGUUCAAUUUACACGGCGUGCUGAUGGGGAAACUCUGGAUGGUCAUACACAAAUUGCAUGCUCUUUUAAACCAAUGGAUCAACAAGAACAUCAUCAACAACGCAUGCGAGAAAAUAUGGCAGCGGCAGCAGCAGCGGCUGCUGUGGCUGCUGCUGCUGCUGCUGCAGGACAGCAACAACAUCAUCAAGGUCUUGGGCAAGGCUAUCCAACCACCACUACUACUGCACCACCACCACAUCCACCUCCCUACCACCACCAACAGAAUGGUGGUAAUGGAAACAAUACAUCCUUGGUGGUAUCAUGCAUUUAUUGGCGUGAUCGAAACGAUUACUUUAUCACAUCGGUCGAUUGUAUUUAUUUAUUGGAAGGACUCAUUGGGGUGCAAUUCACUGUUGAAGAAAAGAAUCGUAUUCGUCGUAACCUGGAAGGCUUCCGGCCAUUGACCGUAUCCAAAUGCAAACCCGAUUGUGCCGAAUUCUUCAAGCUGAUUAUGGGCUUUCCACAUCCUAAACCACGUAAUAUCGAAAAGGAUGUCAAGGUGUUUUCUUGGAAGACAUUGCCACAUGCAUUGAGGAAAAUCAUUCGCAAGUAUACGCCAAGUUAUAGCAGUACCAACGCUUCAGCAAACGGUCUCGGACAUCAUUCCACUGCCACCUGUAUGCCAUCCACUACUACAACAAAUGCUGGUGGUCCUCAACGACAUCAACAUCAUCAUCAUUACACCCAUCAUCCUACAUCUUCCAGCAUGGGAUAUAUGUAA